CAUUAUAUAAAGUGAGAGCUAACUUUGAGGUUGUUUCUGUUUAUAAUUGGAACAACAGAAAUUGAAAAUUAAAAGGGGGAAAAAACCCACAGUAUUUGUACUGUAUUGACACGUGAAGUUCUGAUUAGUGCUGAGUCCAAGAUGUCAAAUGCAGUGUAAGUGUAAUUCAAAGACCUUAUGAUCUAUAUAUAAGAAAUAUGAAGAAUAUGCAGUCUGCCCAAAUGAAAAACCAGCAGAAGUAAAUUCCAGUGUUAUUGCAUACUAUCACUAGCCUAUCACACCUUGCUCACGUCUUGUUCUUGCCCUGAUGAAUGCUCUGUUGUAAUUCACAGUGGAAGGAGAGAACAUCCUGCACGAAACAUUACUUGAAAGAAAUAGAAUUGUUAAGCAGCAGAUCUUGUGCUUUCAGGAGAUGUAACAGGACCUCAUUUCAUUUAAGGUACCCUAACAACAUGAAUUAUUUCCUCUUGUUGAUAUCAUGAUAAGGAAUCUCUGCCAGUUGGUUAAAAUUGAACUCACAAUUAGAAGCACACACUUACAGUUUUGAAGUUCUUGUGUAGUUUAAUGAUGAGGUAAAAUCUAAGGUCAAAUUUGUUUUUUUUGUUUUGUAUUUUUUUCUUCAGAAUUUGAGCAUAUUUUGAUUUGUUUCAUCUCUAGAUUUGCUUGGCUUUCUACUAUUUGUUUUAGAGAUAGCUGAAGUCUCACAUUGUAAUAGCAACUUACUCAUAGGUGCCCAACGCUAGUUUAAUGUAUUUAUUUAGGAAUUAUGGGAAGGCAUACUUAAUUGCUUUAUUUGUUUUUCCAUCCUGAAUACCAGUUGUGCCCAUGGUCCUGUAAUGAACUCUGUGUGAGGAGAUGGCAGGAUUUAAGCCAGUUCUAUUAUUUCAUGCUAUAAAUUUCAGCAUGAUAGGGGCCUUUUCAUAUAGCUGCUUUGAGUAGCUGACACUUAUGUAUACCAUGUUCUCCACGCAGCUCAUUUCAGUCUAGAAUGUUUUAAAUUCUGGUUCUAAAAAAAGUACUGAAUGUAAGACUCCUGCAGUCAGGUUGGAGUUGAUGCUGUGUAGGUCCCAUCUCCUUGCCUUCUGCCUUACAGGUGCCCAGCGAACACUGCUGUCCUUUAGCUUGAGAACUGUGCCUCCAUAUAGCUGAAGUAAAAACUGAUGCUAUUUAUGUUCGUUUUAACUUCAUUCCAAUCUGUUUGCAUUACAUUGAACAUUUGCUUCGACAGACGUUGUUUUUUUUUCCUGCUGAAGGCGAGCAGAUUGUGCUUGGUAUCGCAAGUCCUCCACAAACAUUCCAUAGCUGUGACAGGACCUGCACCUUAUCGCAUUUUAAUCCUUCACACAUAUAAAAUACUUUCAUUAAAUCCCGUCUCCGUGCGACUUCCCAUAGUCCGCUCACAGCCGCAGCGCCGUACACAACGAGGGCAAGGCGCGGCAGGGCCGGGCCCACUGCGGCACGGGGGCCCUCCCGGGGCCGGCGCCGUGAGGCGGCUCCCGCCCAGCCACCGGCACGCAGCGGGCACUACGAGUACCGAGAUGCAGCGCGCGGAGGGGCGGGCUCCGUGGGCACUACAGAUCCCACAAUGCUCCGCGUCGCCCUGUGGCUCCGCUCGGGGAGGCUGGUUCCUAUUUAAAUCUGGGCAGCGAGGAAAAUGGCGGCGAGAGGUUGAGCGCGGGGGAGACGGGGACAGAGCUGCGCCUUGGCUCCUUUCCCAGUCCAUGAAAACAAAGCCAUUAGAUUCAGUGCCCUUGGAGUACUGCUGGUGCUACUCAGGAAAGCCAGGAGGUCCUCGUACAUCUCAGCAUUGUAUUUGAGAACCUGAGGGGGCCCUGGAAUAGAUAUAGGUAAUUACUUAAAUUCUUAAUAGAAUUCUAGCCACAACAGUUAGUCUUAUCUAGUAUUUCAUAGGUGAAAGAAUUUGUAUUAAGACUCGUUACAUAAAUUGUAUAGAAUAUAAUGUAACACAUUCAGCUCUUAUAAGACUAUUCACCAAUUGGGCUUAGCAAAAAUACUUUGUAAUAGGAAAAAAUGGUAAAAAUGACUCCCUUCCUUUUUUUCCUAAUCAAUUUGUCUCCAACCUAGCAGGCUUUUUCUUAUUCUGACUGUAAGAGAAACUCACUGAAAAGUCUGCUAGAAUGCCACCCAGUAUGAGAGUCCAUAUGGUGAAUGCUUUCAGUCAUAGAAUGCAUCUCUACCUGUCGAAGGGCUAGAGAAAUAGAAGGCCAAAACACAGAUCAAGCGUCAAAUAAAGCAAAGAAUACACAAGUGUUUAAAUGCCUUUAGAAGCUGUAUUUUUUCUUGUUUCGAAUUAAGAUAUUUUCUUUUUCUUCCAUUUGGGAUAAUUUGUAUAUUCUCUUCUUGCUCCCUCACUUCCAGAUGUAACUAAAGUUGCUCCAUGCAAAAGUUAACUGCCACACUUUUCAGUUGCUCUGUCUAUGAAGUUACUGCUGCCCUGCUAGAAACGUGAAGUUCAAUAUUAGUGUUUACUGCUCCAGAGCAGAAGUUUGUUGAACCCCCUCAGAGAAAAAUUACUGCUUACUAAACGUACAGGAGGUCAGCAAUUGCUAUUAGUCUGAAAGCCUUCUGUAUCUGGCAUAAGUGUAUUAAUGUGCAGUGAUUUCUACUAGUGCUCACUGUGUCUCUAGGAAAAACAGGUAUUUCAUAAACCAGAAUUUUAGGUCAGGCAUCCUCUAUAGCACAUCUGUAGGGGAAAAAAAGAAAACUGAUUUACAGAACUAGCUAAAGCAAAACAUAGGCAGCACUGCAAGUACACUGUCAUGGAAGUGAUUAAGGACUGAAGCGAGCACAUUGCAAGUUUUCACCACCACUCAGCCUGAGUCUGGCUUUGACUCUAAAUGUGCUUCUGCAUUCAACUUUAGGAAUGAAUCUAGAAUUGGUCCCAGUGUACCUUCCAGACGUGGCUGAAGCAGGAGUUCCUGGGGGCAUUCCUGGCACUGCUCCUGGAAUUGAUGUCACUGGGCUCAGGGUGUGGGAAUUGGUCCUGUGAGGGAGUUCAGAGGCUGUUCUAGAAAAACUUAUAGAUGUGGUUAUUGGCGUGUAUCUAGAAAGAAUCCUGGAAGUCUGCCCACAGAGUCCUAGGAGCAUGUUGAUUCUAUGUGAUGAUUUUAGACAUGAACGUAGAAAUGGAUAUAGAGGUAAUUCCAGAAAUCAUUUUUAGCUUGUAGAGAUGGUGCUGGAAAAUGAUCCUAAAUGUGGUGCUAGGUCUGACUCAGAAAACAGUAGCUGAGAAACAGGUUCUUAGUGUUGCAACCACUUGCCAAAUUUGGUUUGUUUUUAUUGUCAUUGUUACAAGUCAGGUCUGAGUUUGGCACCUCUUUUUGAGCACUUCAGUUUUCUCUUAGCGCUAAAAAGAUGCUGGGUUUUGUUAGUGUUCUUUGAGAUCCAGCGUUUUCUUGCCUUGCAUGUCAACUCUUGAAUGAGUUCUGGCCUCCAGACAAGGUUAUACAUGGUGUGGAUCAGAUACUUCCAUGUGCAGGAGUGCACAAAACAGUUUGUUGCCUUUUAAAGGUGAGCAGAUCCUCAUACUUCUUCCCUAUUUCUUAGUAUAUUUGAAAUGCAGAUGUGUCUUAAAAUGUUCUCAAAGAUAUUGCCUUCCUUUCAGAUCAUUAUUAUGAAAACUUUAUUUUUUCCUAAUAAAUCAAUCAUGAGAUUGGCCGAGUUGGCUUUUAAAAGGUACCUACAGCAAGUCCUACAGCAAGUCCUACACAGCAGUGUGCGAAAGGUCACUGUUACAAAAUUACACUAAACGGGAUUGUUCCAUUACUGUCAAACUAAGUGAAUGUAAGGCUACCUUUCUCUGUGAGCUACAGAGUUCUUUUGUUGUCGUUUUAAAGUUUUGUAAUGAAACUUAAGCACUCAGCGAUUAUGAAAAAUAUCAAGCAAUUAAGUACUGCUUCGUUAAGCGAUUAAUAACCUUUUAUUUGAUAUACUGUGGCAGUGGGAGAUUUAGUUCUCUGGGUCUAACUAACUGUUUUAUUUGUUCAGCUAAAAAAUGUGUUUUGUAAGCACAUAAAUUCCUAGCUGCAACUAGGAAGCUGACUUGCUAUAGCAACUUAUUUAUUAAGUUACUGCUAAUGAGCAAGGACUUGACUAAAGUUAAAAAUAGAGCACAUUGAACUUGACGUGAACUUUAAUAUCUUUUCCAGCUUUUACAAGGAUUGUACUGUGAAUUGUGUAUUGUUGGUUUCUCAAUGAUUGAAAGUAUUGAAAUAAACAGUGUAUUAUGAAAUUAAGCCUCUGCCAUUGCUUUAUUUACAUUCUGAAUACUUUAUCUAAAUGCUUCUUUAUAAAUUUGAUGUCAAGUUCAAGCUUGGACAUGGGAUUUCUAAGUUGUAUUAAGAAUUGAUUUUUUAAAGGCAGAGUACAUUGUUGAAGACGACAACUGAAAUGUCUUUAUGAAAGUCUAAAACAAUAUGUUUUGUUUACUUGUGCAUUGGAUAAAAGUAGUGUGGUAGAUCAGAUAUUUCACUGUAAGGUGUUAGUAGGGUCUUAAAGUUGUUUCUGUGUUUGAGCUUGGUUUUGCAUGGGUCUUUAUUUUGCAUUGUACAAAUUCAUUUACUGAUUUAAUUGCCAAUUAAUUAAUGUAUAGAUAUGCUGCUCUGAAACAAUUUUGCAAAGCCUAUUGCAUAAAGAUUUGCCGUAUUAAAAAAAGCAUAGUGGACUUGGAACUACAAAGAUUAAGAUAAACUCUAUGGAACAAUUUCUGAAUUAAAAGUGAUUCAUUAGCACUUCAGCUGUCUUAUUCUUUUUCUUUUUGCUUAGGAUUACAAGAUACCCACAUAAUAUAACCCUGUGUAUAAUGGAAGAGCAACAAGAAAAAAGUGUUUUGCUCUUCAGUCAUUUCAUUUUUUUCCUCUUCAUUAUCUGGUGGCAAAGUUGAAAAUAAAAGAAAGGAAUUUUCAGUUAGUGUAGAGCUUAACUGCAGAACUUGCUGCCACUGAAUAUUGUAUUGAUUCUCAUGGGUUCAAAAAGAAAUUCAUUUGCUCAUAAAGGAGAAAUCCAGCUCCUGGGGAAACUCAAUCCUUCAGAACCAGGAAAUUCCUAAACUGGGGAAGUUUGAGAGUAUGCACAAACAGUGAUAUG